AUGAGACGAGCUGUAUCUAAAAUAAUACCUAGUUCGAAAUUCCUACUGUCUAGUAACUCAAAUAAUCCUUCAUCUACAUUCAAUAAUACCAAUAAUAACAAUAACUCAAAUAACUCAAACAAUAAUAAUAAUAAAAAUUCUAUCAAUAAUAGUAUAGAAAAUUCAUUUGCAUCCAUAUCAUCAAACCUUAAAAUAGAUUUCAAUUCGGUUGAUGAAUUUUAUAUUCAAUUGGAUCAACCUCAUAAAACUUGGCUACCAGGUGAUGAAGUACCAGGUCAAAUUAUUUUAAUUUCAAAGAAAAAUUUAGUAAAUAUUGUUAUCACUUUAUCAUUAAUUGGUUAUGUUAAAUUAAAUUUAUCUCAUUCAAAAUUAAGACCUAUUAAACAUACUUUAUUUGAUCAUACUAUUAAAAUAUUUGGUGGAAAUAAUAGUAAUAAUAACAGUCCAUCUGAUAAUUCUCAAACUGAUAUUAAUAAUGGUUUAUCAAAAGGUGAACAUGUUUUCCCCUUUAUUGUCAAAUUACCAAAUAAAAGAAUCUUUACAUCAAUUGAUUUUGGAAAAGGAUCUAUUACUUAUGUAUUAAGAGCUUCAAUUGGAAAUUCAUCAAAUUAUAUCUUUCAAUCAAAUCUUUCUCCUUCACUUCCAACUAAUAGUUUAACUAGUAUUCAUUCAAAUUCUUCAAAUCCAAAUACUCCUCCUGAUACAACUUCAACCACUUCAUCAAACAAUCUAAUCUCAAAAACUAAAAAUUUGAAAAUACUUCAUAAUCCAUCAUAUUCUUCAGAGAAAAUUAUAAACAUUGUAAAUCCCAUUGAUGUAACAUCUUUACCAUCUCCCAAACCAAAACGUUUAAUCUUAAAAGAUCCAAGAUCAUCAGCCACAAAGAAACUAUCACGAACUCAAUCUUCAACUUCUACCAUAAAUACAUUUAGUACCAUUUCUUCUAAUAAUUCAGAUUCAAAUGGUGAUGCAACAACUAUAAAUAAUACUAACAAUAAUAGUUCCAUGAUCAAUAAUAAUGGAAGUAAUAAUACCAAUAAUAGUAAUGGUCCUAGUAUGACAUCAACCACUACCACUACCACUACCAAUAAUAAUAAUACCACUUUAACUUCAUCAGCCAUGACUAUAAAUAGUACUGGAAAUACCCUUAAUUCAAGUUUCCAAAAACCAGUCACCAUUAAAGUAUCAUUAGAAGUUCCACAACGAGGGUAUUUAAGAGGUGAAUUAAUCCCCAUCAAACUUUCUAUUAGUCAUUUAAAGAAGAUUCAAGAUUUGAAUGGUAUAAUAAUUACAUUUGUAAGGGUUUGUAGAUUGGAUAAUGGUCCUGAUACAUUUUAUGAAUCAUUUAGAAAAGAUUUACAACAACUGAUAAUACCGUUAUAUGUUGAUCCUGUUACUUUCCAAUCAGAAAUUAAUACAAGUGUUAGAGUCCCGGCUGAUUCAUUCCCAAGUAUUGUUGGUUGUCCAUUAGUUUCAUUUCAAUAUUUUAUUGAAGUUUUAAUUAAUUUAUCUGGAAAAUCUCUUAGUUUAGAUAGUGAAGGAAUUUCAACUGAUAGACAUUCACCCAAUAAUGAUAAUUCAAACGGAAAUAAUGUUAAUGAUCAUCAAAUAUUGAAUUCAAAUGGUAUGAAUGGUUCAAUCAUACCUAAUCCAAAUACUAUUCUUGGAAAUUCAGAUUCAAGUUCAAAAUUUAAUUUCAAUUUUCAUAAUUCAGCAACUUUAUCAUCUCAACAUCAUAAUGAAAGAUCAGGAUUUAUAAAUACUGAUAAAUUUAAGAGACUGAAAAAGUUUUUACAAUUAACUACAGAAAUUAUAAUUGGAACUCAUCGUCUGUUAUCUCAAGAUGUGAUUGAUAAUAAUAAUAAUAAUAUUAAUAACAUUCCUCAUAAUGAACUUCAAUUACCAAAUUCAAUAUCAAGAAGAUCAUCAUCAUCAAUGUCAAAUAAUUCACCUCCUGGUAUGUUUAAUCAUCCUGGUAGUUCUCCAUCACCAAACCUUAAUCAAUCAUCUAAUUUAUAUCCUCAAUCAAUUCAAUUACAUUCUUCUACUUAUCCACCGCCACCACCACCACCAUUAGCAUCACCAAUUAGAACCACAGUAAGUAAUUCUACCUUAGGAUCAGGAGGUCUAACGUCAGUUGCAACCACUACCAAUAGUCCAACCAAUCAAGGUGUUCAACCAAGUAAUUCUCAAGGAGCAGUUGCUAGUGCUAAUUCAACUUAUAUUAAUCCAAUUCCGGAAACCAUGGCAAUGAAUACUUUCCAAUCACCACCAUAUUUUGAAAAUGAUGUUAAUUUCGGUUCCACGUUCGCCUCUAUUCCUGAUUAUAAUGAAUUACAAUCUCAACCACCACCAAAUGAAUUUGAUCAACAACAAUUAUCUUCGGAGUUAUCGGAGAAGGCUCGAAUGAGAGCGCAUGAAGAAAGUUUAUUACCUUCUGCCCCACCAAUGGAUGAUGAGACUUUACCAACUCAAUCACAAUCACAAUCACAACCUCACCAGGACAAUAUUGAACAAAUACCCCAAUCACUGAACUCACAUCCAACUAAUGAUCAAUUACCCCCUGUAAUUCAAGAUCUGCAAUUUCAAUUUUUUUCAUAUGAAGGUGGUCAAAUGCCACCUGGCUUAAGUACUAGUGAUGAAAGUCUUUUAAAUAAUCAUCGAACCAUUGGUGGGGUUCAAGGAUUAAGAUCCCAAUUAAGUAAUGAUGAAGUUGAUGAUAAUGGUAGUGUUGAUUUAUAUCAUGAUCCUGGUGCUGAGCUUGGUCUUAGCAACAAUAAUAAUCAUGAGAAUAAUAAUAUUGAUCAUGGUGAUCAAUAUAGUACGAUUGAUUAUGUACCAAAUUAUGAAUCAGUUAAUAAUGAUAGACUUUUAGUUGAAAACACCAAUAACAAUCAAGUUAGUACGGGUACUAAUAAUGAAACUCAAGAUGUUAUCAACUAA